GUGUUUCCGUGUCAGUCCCAGCGGUGUUUAUGAACAUGGCGACGUUAUUGCGCGGUGUUUUCAGGGUGUCACGCAGCGCGCGCGCACACGGCGGUGUUAUUAGGCGCUAUGGCACAGGAGAGAUGUUAUGGACAUGUCACACACUCACACACAGGGAUCUGAUCAAAGUCCACGGUCAGGACACACACUCCUUCCUGCAGGGUCUCAUCACUAAUGAUAUCAGCGCUCUGGAGGACAGUGGACACACUGCUCUGUACACACACCUGCUCAGCGUGCAGGGGAGAUCUCUGUAUGACGUCAUGCUCUACAGUCUGAAGGACAGCAGCUAUGGCCUGAGCUGCGUCCUCCUCGAGUGCGACAGCUCUGUGGUAAACUCCAUCACACGCCACCUGAAGAUGUACAAGAUCCGCCGGAAGGUGUCGGUGGAGGUGUGUCCGGAUCUGUCGCUGUGGGCGUUAUUGGGACUGAACACACACCCUGCUGAGGGGUCAGAACCUGAACCUGAACCCGAGCUGAGGAAGAAAGAUGAUGUGGUGGUAAUGGUCAGAGAUCCCAGAACCCCUCUGAUGGGCUGGAGACUGAUAACCAGGAACCAGGAGAAACCCUCAGAAAUAAUCACUGCCUGUAACCAUGGCAGCACUGAGGACUAUCAUCGCCAUCGCUACAAGAUCGGUGUGCCCGAGGGUGUACAGGACCUCCCUCCAGGUGAAGCUCUGCCUCUGGAGUCCAACCUUGUCUUUCUGAAUGGGAUUAGCUUCUCUAAAGGCUGCUACAUCGGACAGGAGCUCACGGCUCGCACACACUACACGGGCGUGGUCCGUAAACGCCUCAUGCCCCUCAGCCUCUCUGUACCUGUGGAGAACCUGCCGAUGGGGGGCACAAUCGAGGCAGCACAGGGGAAAGUGGCAGGGAAACUAAGGUCUGGGGUCGGGGAGCUCGGGCUGGGCCUCGUUCGGCUCAGUCACGCCAAAGAGAAGCUCACGGUGUCAUCCACUCAGGGGGAAGGAGUAACAGUCACAGCGUCAGUGCCAGACUGGUGGCCCAAGGAGUUGAAGGACAAACUAUAAACAUUACUGCAGUCAACAUGAAUAACCACGAUGAUAACAGACGAGCCGCUGAACAGAUUCUAUUCUGGUGCUAAAAAUAACAUUUUCUAUUUCUAAUUUUCUAAUGGUGAUGAUGCUGGACUCGGGUUCAGACUCGGAUUUAGGAUCAGGUUCACAACCGGACUGUUGGGAACAGAUCAGACCCGGUUCUGGACCGGAUACACGUUUAGAACCAGGUUUAAAUAUCAGAAACUUCCUCUUUCUCUCGGUUCUGUGACUAGACAGGGUUUAGAAUUGGACACAGAUUAAAAGCAGCACAUAAAAAAACAAAAAAAAAACAAACAAACAAUGAAUUGGUUUUGAAGUGAAGUUAAGAACCAGAUUCUGAGCUCUGAUGUCAGGUUCAGGACUGGAUCAGAAUCAGAAUCAGGGUUAUUGGCUAAGUGUGUUGACACACACAAGGAAUUUGGUUCCAGCUUUUGUGACUCUCAAAAGAAUUUAGAACCUAUUAACACUGUCAUUAACACGUCCACACUACAGAUGAGUAAUACAUCAAAUCACUUCUGAAUGUCCUGUUUGAUGUUCGAAUGUUAAAUCUGUUUAUUUCAAUAAAACGAGUGACGUCAUCUCCGGCUUCCUGUUCAUGUUUAGAAUGAAACAAAUCCACAGUUCAGCUAAACUCAGGGUGAAAUAUGACACAUUAUUAGAUGUUAGAGAUGAUCUCCUUCUCCUCCGUCACUGAGGGAACAUUUAUCAUACAGUAGGCUUAUUAUUAACAUACCUGGACUUUAUUUUUUCACUGAAAUGUUUGUGCUACUCAGGUGCCGAUACGUUAAGUGUUAAGUUUAUUACGUGUUGAAUAUUAAAGUUUAUAUAUUAAAGUAA